ACACAAUACGGACUUAAAGUGAAACCCCUCACGCAACUCGUCCGUGUCUGCGGCGGUGUCCUGUGCGUCGCGGCUGCUUGGGACGUCUCUCACCUUUACGCACGAGACGGCGCGUAAAGAACGGCGCGUUUGGUGACAUUUUAUCCUCGGCCACAUACACCUGUUCCAGAGGUAGAUCCAGGCUCAUGGCACACUUGUCCAUGUCCCACUUCAUGGAGCCAGGUGAACGGUAAUUUGUUAUUGGAAUAACACGCGUGGACUGCUUUACUCAUCAUGCCACCCAAGAAAAAGGGAGAGCGUCACGAUUCGGAUUUCGUUGAGGAAAGAAAUGCCCAGGUGCAGCUGGAGAAGGCCAAGUACAAGCCUGUUGCGUUCGCCGUUCGUUGCAACUUCUCUUACACUCCAGCAGACGACGACAACGUCCCCGUACCGGGUCAGGCCGUCACCUUCGAGGCCAGAGACUUCCUGCAUGUCAAAGAGAAGUUUAACAAUGAAUGGUGGAUCGGACGGCCUGUGAAGGAAGAUGGUGUGGUGGGCUUCAUCCCCAGUCCAGUCAAUCUGGAAACCAUCCUCAUCAGAAGAGAAGUGCAGGCGAGGAAGGCUGCCAAGGCCUUAGCCAAUAAAGCAGCAACUCAACCCGCUCAAGAUAUGAACUCAAAGAAAUACACUCCUCCCUCACAAGCUCAGAUCCAGGGCGAGGUGGAGCGUAUCUUUGAGCUGGCACGCAGCCUGCAGCUGGUCAUUCUGGAUGCAGACACAGUCAAUCAUCCUCUCCAGGUGGCUAAGACCUCUCUGGCUCCAAUCCUCGUCUACGUCAAGAUCUCCUCACCAAAAGUGUUGACCAGACUGAUCAAGACGAGAGGGAAGUCUCAGACCAAACAUCUUAACGUUCAGAUGGUGGCAGCAGACAAGCUCGCCCAGUGUCCGCCAGAAAUGUUUGAUGUUAUCUUAGAUGAAAACCAGCUAACAGACGCCUGUGAGCACAUUGCUGAUUACCUGGAGUCUUACUGGAGAGCCACUCAUCCGCCAGAAAUGGAGCCUGCCAACGCACUGGUGGCACAGCUGGCCGAGAAUACAUUGCCCAUCAAUCCUACAGGAUUGCCGGAUGAGCAGAAGAACAAAAAGUCAGCAGCCCCCAAGAGGAAGGGUUCCCGUGAGAACCACCUAGACCAGGAUCCCCCUUCAGCCCAGGCCCAGGAGCAGAGGGGUGAGGGGGGCCAAAGAGAGGAGGAGGAGCGGCUCCUGAGGACUGAACCAAAGAGAUCCCAGCACACCCACCACCAUCACCAUCACCACCACCACCGUCGGAUGGAGCACCACAGUAACACCCAGCACAGCCAGACACCCGGUGGCAUGGAAGUACAGUCCAGCAGGGAUUACAGCCAGAGGCCUCCCCGCAGGCACCUGCACGAGGAGAGGGAGGAGGAGGCGGAGGAUCCAGUGGAGGAGGACGAGGAGGAGGCUCGCUACAACCACAAGGGCCACAACCACCACCAUCAUAACAGCAACCACCAGCAUCACCACCACCACCAUCAGCAUCACCGUGGCAACAGUCAGCCACACGUCGAAGAGGACUAUGAGCAGGAGCACAAUGAACGCAAUCGGCAGCACAGGCAUCACCAGCACAUUCCACCGCGGACACACCACGCGGAUCACUAUCCUGUACAAAACCAACACAACUACCAUCAUCACCACGGCAGAGACAGAGAUAGAGAAAGAGAGAGAGAGAGAGACAGAGAUAGAGAUAGAGACAAAGAGAGGGAUAGAGAAAGACACAAGGACAGGGAAAGAGACAGAGAUAGGGAUCGAGGUAGAGACAGAGACGCAAGACAGUGGCACAAAGAUUCUUACGCACACUCAUGACUUUUUGUCUCGACUGUGGAUCGGUGCAGGGUUUUAUGCUGCUCAAGUUUUAAUGCACUAAUGGACAGGGCGGAAUGUGUCAUCUUUGUAGAAAAUGUUUCUCCUCAUGUUGUUUGCCACACUCACACACACUUUGUCCCUGUUUCAUUUUCUUUGCUAAACAUAAUUUUAGCACUUGUAGGGUACAGUUUGUCUCUGUGUGCAUUUUUGCACAAACAUUAUUCAAAAUGAGGCUGCAUCUAUUAGCUCAUGAAGUAUUCCGGUUUAAAAUAGAGCUGCAUUUAACAAUUAUUUCCAUUAUCAA